AGCACUCCCCACCUCCAGCAGCAUCACCUCGGAUCAAUCAACAGGUCAAGCCAGACUUGGACACUUCAGGCAGCACCAUACUUCCACGCACCUCGAUUCACAUCGGCGCUGCCCCUCUGCCGCCACCUGCACCGCCAACCGCCUCGCCUCCUCUUCCCGCUUGCGACACUCCACCUCACCCCCUGCCUGAUUGCCCGUCAUGUCUGGCCCUCAGAUGAGCGACCGUGAGCUCUUCGAGAUCAACGCAAAGGCUGCCGUCAAGAACUACGACGUCGACCCGCGCCUGGACUACCGAACUGUAUCUGCCAUCAAUGGUCCCCUGGUCGUCUUGGACAACGUCAAGUUCCCAUCUUACAAUGAAAUCGUGUCUCUGACCCUGCCCGAUGGAUCUCGCAGAGGAGGUCAGGUGCUCGAGGUCAGUGGUUCAAAGGCUGUCGUGCAAGUCUUCGAGGGAACAUCGGGUAUCGAUGUCAAGGAGACCCACAUCGAGUUCUCCGGCGCCAGCAUGAAGCUGCCCGUUUCGGAAGACAUGUUGGGUAGGAUCUUCAACGGAAGUGGUCAGCCAGUGGACAAGGGUCCCAAGGUAUUUGCAGAGGACUACCUGGACAUCAACGGUGCUCCCAUCAACCCCUAUGCCCGAGUCUACCCUGAGGAGAUGAUCCAGACCGGUAUCUCCACAAUCGAUACCAUGAACUCGAUCGCUCGUGGCCAGAAGAUUCCCAUCUUCUCUGCCGCCGGUCUGCCUCACAACGAUAUUGCCGCUCAGAUCUGUCGUCAGGCUGGUCUGGUCAAGAAGCCCGACUCGGGUAAGGACUCGCGACCCACAAAGGGUAUUCACGAUGACCACGAGGACAACUUCUCCAUCGUCUUUGGUGCUAUGGGUGUCAAUAUGGAGACUGCUCGCUUCUUCAAGCAGGACUUCGAGGAGAAUGGAUCUCUCGACCGUGUCACCCUGUUCCUGAAUUUGGCCAACGACCCAACCAUUGAGAGGAUCAUUACCCCUCGUCUGGCCUUGACCACUGCCGAGUACUACGCGUACCAGCUGGAGAAGCACGUCUUGGUCGUCUUGACAGACAUGACCUCGUACGCCGAUGCUCUACGAGAGGUCUCGGCAGCCCGAGAGGAGGUGCCCGGACGACGUGGAUACCCCGGAUACAUGUACACGGAUUUGUCUACCAUCUACGAGCGAGCCGGUCGUGUGGCAGGACGAAACGGAUCCAUCACCCAGAUCCCCAUUCUGACCAUGCCCAACGACGACAUCACCCACCCCAUUCCCGAUCUGACGGGUUACAUCACAGAGGGUCAGAUCUACGUCGACCGUCGGCUGCAGAACAAGCAGAUUUUCCCUCCUAUCAACGUGCUACCCUCGCUGUCCAGGUUGAUGAAGUCCGCCAUUGGAGCCAAGCACACGCGUGCUGACCACUCGGAUGUAUCGAACCAGCUCUACUCGCUGUAUGCUACCGGUCAGGAUGUGGCUGCUCUCAAGGCCGUCGUUGGAGACGACGCGCUGUCGAGCGAAGACAAGCUUGCUCUGCAAUUCCUGGACAAGUUUGAGCAGCAAUUCGUGCAACAGGGAGCCUACGAGUCGCGUACCAUCUUUGAGUCGCUGGACAUUGGAUGGUCGCUGCUGCGAAUCUUCCCCAAGGAGAUGCUGAACCGAAUCUCGCCAAAGAUUAUGAAGGAGUAUUACUCGAAGCGGUCUACUCAGCAGCAGCAGAAGAAGGACGACGAGGAGAGUGAUGAGCAGAAGAAGAAGGACAAGUCGACGAGGGACAGCGGAGAUGAUGGGGAUGACAAGAAGGAAGAGGGAUCGAAGAAGGACGAUGACAAGCUGGUCGACGCCUAGAGUGGGAUCAAGAGCAGGCAGGUUGUCGUGGCCAUACGCUCUCUCCCCCCUUCCCUUUUCUCUUCUCUACUAUUGUUUGCGAUCGCUUCUUCUCUCGAUUGUCUCGCCCCCUGCGAAAUAGGAUGCGCUACUCUACUCUGCUUUGGUUUGCUCACCCCGCGAAUUGUAUGGUGAUCGUGCAAAGGUGCUUACCAAUGUCAAGAGUCCUUGCUGCUCCUGCUCACCUU